CUUUGGUUUAUCAGCACUGCCCAGAAACACAGGGUGUGGGGAAUGCAAGGACACUGUAAAGGAUAAAAAACCUCUCUAGCAGUUGUUGAUUCAUUCAGUCAUUCAUAAGGCCUUGGAUCCAGCACAUCAUCUUCUGCAGCCUGAAGUUCUGAACUGUAAUCCGCAAAUAACAUGGAAGGGCCAUUCAAGUAUAUUAGAGAAGGAAAUGGCAAAGUCAGUCGGGUUAUUCGCAUGGGAACAAGGAAGAGCCAGCUGGCUCGCAUUCAAACAGACAGUGUGGCCAGCAGACUGAAAGAGCUUUAUCCAGACGUUCAUCUAGAGAUAGUUGCCAUGUCGACAAUUGGGGACAAAAUCCUGGACACUGCAUUAUCAAAGAUUGGCGAAAAGAGCCUCUUCACCAAAGAGCUGGAAAAUGCCCUUGAGAGAAAUGAAGUGGAUAUUGUGGUGCACUCUCUUAAGGAUUUACCUACCUCAUUGCCCACUGGAUUCACUAUUGGAGCCAUUCUUCAGCGGGAAAAUCCCCAUGAUGCAGUGGUUCUUCAUCCAAAGAAUGCUGGACUAACUCUGGACAACUUGCCAGAGAAGAGUGUUAUUGGCACAAGUUCACUUCGCAGAGCAGCUCAGCUGAAGAAACGAUUCCCUCAACUGGAGUUUGAAAAUAUUAGAGGGAAUCUAAACACCCGCCUAAAGAAGCUGGAUGAAAAGGACGACUAUGCUGCCAUCAUUCUGGCCGCAGCAGGGCUCAAACGGAUGGGCUGGGAAAACCGAAUCAGUCAAAUUCUCGGCCCUGAAGAUUGCAUGUAUGCAGUUGGCCAGGGAGCACUGGCAGUGGAAGUCAGAGCACAAGAUAGAGACAUUUUGGAAAUGGUGUCUGUCCUGCACCAUCCAGACACAGUGCUGAGGUGCAUCUCAGAGAGAGCUUUCCUCAAGCAGCUGGAAGGAGGCUGCAGUGUGCCUGUUGCUGUUCAUACAGAAGUGAAAGGGUCCAUGUUGUAUUUGACUGGAGCAGUUUAUAGUUUGGAUGGAGCUGAUUGCUUGAAGGACACUAUGCAGACGUGUGUGGAAAUAGACAACAAAGUGAGUGAGAGUGCACAGGAGUGUGUACCGGUACACGUUGCAGUCACUGCCAACAAUAUAUCAUCAUCAGCCCUCGAUGCUGCUGAGAAACUGGGGAUGGAUCUGGCAAAUGUUCUUCUUAAUAAGGGGGCCAAAGACAUUCUCACAACAGCCAGGAAACUUAAUGAUGCUCGAUAAUAUAUUUUUGUACAUUUUGUGCACUAGUUAGUUGGGACCUAGUUUAUUAAAUAUUUG